GUUUCCUCCGUCGCGUCUCGGCGGCUGCGGCGGCCGCGGCCGGGCUCGCCGGUGGCCGGGGCGACGGAGGAGGAAGGAUGGCGUACUUCGUGGAGAGCUUUUGGGGAGAAAGGAACAAUGGCUUUGAUGUCCUUUAUCACAAUAUGAAACACGGACAUUUGUCAACUAAGGACUUAGCAGAUUUUAUUAGAGAAAGGGCUACAAUAGAGGAGACAUAUUCAAGGUCAAUGACAAAACUAGCCAAAUCAGCAAGCAAUUACACACAACUUGGGACAUUUGCGCCAGUUUGGGAUGUUUUCAAAACCUCAACAGAAAAACUAGCAAGUUGUCACUUGGAUCUUGUGCGGAGGUUACAAGAGCUAAUAAAAGAAGUUCACAAGUAUGGAGAUGAACAGAUCAAAGCUUAUAAAAAGACUAAAGAAGAUGUUUCAGGAACUUUGGAAGCAGUGCAAAAUAUUCAAAGUAUCACUCAGGCCUUGCAGAAAUCAAAAGAAAACUACAAUGCAAAGUGUGUGGAACAAGAACGCUUGAAAAAGGAAGGAGCAACACAGAGAGAAAUUGAAAAGGCAGCAGUUAAAACUAAAAAAGCAACAGAUACUUACAAACUGUAUGUGGAGAAGUAUGCUGCAUUUAAAUCUGAUUUUGAACUGAAAAUGACAGAAACAGCACAGAAAUUUCAAGACAUAGAAGAAAUGCACCUUCUUCGUAUGAAAGAGAUUAUACAGUCAUUGUCAGAUACCAUAAAAGAAAUUCAUUUACAAAUAGGAGAGGUGCAUGAAGAGUUUAUUAAUAAUAUGACAAAUACUACAGUUGAGAGUUUAAUACAGAAAUUUGCUGAGUCAAAAGGAACUGGCAAGGAAAGACCUGGCCCUAUUGAGUUUGAAGAAUGUAACACAUCCAGUGUAGCUGAAGGAAUAAAACCACGGAAAAGGAAGCCUUUUGGUUUAUCAGGAAUAAUGAAAAAAGAAAAAGAUACUGAAUCUGUGGAGUGUCCAGAUGCAGACUCAGUUAACUUUCCUGAUGUAGAUGAUGAAGGAUACAGCAUUAAACCAGAAGCAACACAGGAUACCAAAGAGAACCAUUUCUAUUCAUCCAGUGAUUCUGACUCUGAAGAUGAUGAACCCAGGAGGUUCCAUGUGGAAAUAAAACCUGUCCAGCCAAAUAACACCUCUCAAUACACUAUGCCUACUUUGGAUGAAUUAAAAGUAUCCAUAGGAAACAUCACUCUUUCUCCAGCAAUAUCUCAGAGGCACAGUCCUGCACAAAUGAAUCAAAAUUCAUCAAGCGAAGAGUUAACAAAACCAAAACUUCCUGCUCCAACUACUGAAAAGGGGAACAAUGACUUCCUGGCAUGGGAUCCACUCUUCAGCACUUCUCUUGAAUCUUCCUCUUCAGCUUCUUUGGCAUCCUCAUCCUCCUCAGCUACCCUAACAGAGCACAAUAGGAGCUCCUCCUCAUCUACCACUGAUUUGCCUGGGUGUAGAAUAUCUCACUCUUUGCUUGGACACCAGACAAAUUCUGGGUCUAUAAGCCCAUCCUCACCAGGCUUUACCAUUAGCACUUUGUGCAAAUAUGGUGUUACAGCAGCGCCAUCAGGGAUUACCAGUACUUUAUCCAGUUUUUCGUGGUCUCAGAGUCAGUGGAUUUCCUUUGCUGAUGAACUUCUUACAAUUAGACACACAAGCACAGACAAGAAGGAGCCCCAAAGAUUGCAUUUUAAAACUGAAAAUGCCUGCCUUGCCUCUCCUGCUUUGCUUGGGAAUUCUAUCAACAGCUGUGCUUCUGAGGAUCAAAGUGACCUUUUCAAUAACUCUAUAUGCCAUGAACAAUUAUUCAUUGAAGAAACUGGCACUGCUGCUGAAAUAUCUUCUGCAUCAUCUUCAGCACUACUGGACUAUAGUUUAGUGUCUUCUUAUGCUCAUACAAAUAAGGCAAGGCCCACCACUCCUCUUUCUGUGGGCACCAUAGUACCCCCUCCAAGGCCUGCUUCAAGACCAAAGCUGCCUACUGGGAAACUUAGUGGGAUUAAUGAAAUACCUAGGCCAUUCAGCCCUCCAUUGACCUCUAACUCAAGUCCACCUCCAGCAGCUCCUUUAGCACGUGCAGAGAGCAUUUCUUCUAUAUCCUCUUCUGCUUCCCUCAGUGCAGCAAACACACCUACAGUUGGUGUUUCACGUGGUCCCAGCCCUGUCAGCCUUGGAAACCAGGACACCUUGCCUGUUGCAGUAGCUCUUACUGAAUCUGUUAACGCCUACUUUAAAGGAGCAGAUCCCACAAAAUGUAUUGUGAAGAUUACUGGUGAUAUGACAAUAUCAUUCCCAAGCGGGAUUAUUAAAGUCUUCACCAGCAACCCAUCUCCUGCUGUGCUCUGCUUCAGGGUGAAAAACACAAGCAAACUAGAGCAGAUUCUUCCAAAUGCACAACUUGUAUACAGUGAUCAGUCACAAAGUGACUCCAGUACUAAGGACUUUUGGAUGAACAUGCAAGCUAUAACUGUCUACCUCAAGAAAUUAUCAGAGCAGAAUCCAUCUGCAUCCUAUUACAAUGUGGAUGUUUUAAAGUAUCAGGUGUCUUCAAAUGGCAUACAGUCCACUCCCUUGAACCUUGCAACUUACUGGAAAUGUGAUGCUAGCACUACUGAAGUGCGAGUGGAUUAUAAAUACAAUCCAGAGUCUAUGAACGUGCCUAGUAUGCUGUCUAAUGUCCAGGUUGUGGUACCAGUAGAUGGAGGAGUAAUAAACAUGCAGUCACUUCCACCUGCAAAAUGGAAUGCAGACCAGAUGAAAGCAUGUUGGAAAAUAUCUAACAUUUCAGAGAAGUCUGAGAAUGGAGGUUCUGGAUCCCUCAGGGCAAAAUUUGAGCUUUCAGGAGGACCCAGUAAACCCGCAACACUUGCAGUGCAAUUCAUCAGUGAAGGAAGCACCCUUUCAGGAGCAGAUGUGGAACUCGUAGGCACUGGCUAUAGGCUUUCCCUUCUUAAGAAGAGAUUUGCCACUGGACGGUAUAUGGCAGACUGUUGAUGUACCUGUGAAAAUCAUCAGAUCAGGAGUGCAAGAAACACACUCUGCCAGCUCUACUUUUCAAACACUAUUUUAACAUGCAUUAAUUUUUCCAAAAUAUUGACCUACUUUGAGGCUAAACUACAGAAAGUAAAUGCACUUUUAAGAGUCAUUUUGAAAACUUUUUAUUAAUUUACAAUAGCACUGAAGUUAACUUCAACACUGUCUGUAAAUGAUCAACUGCAAUACUUGGGAAAAUUUGUUGAAAAUUUAAUAACUUUAUAUAGAUGAGGUCAAAAUAGUAAUCCACAGUUGUAAUGGAAGUAUGAAAUUUUAUGUUGUACUGUAAACAUUAAAACUAAAAUGUAGGAGAGCUAGUAAGAAAUAUUUGAGCUUUUCAUAAAUAGUACUCAUUUUUCAGAUUCUUUAAUAACAGCUUUUAAUUGACAGUUCAUAAAGAUAGCAGAGUCUAAGUCCCAUGUAGUUCUUCUUUCCAUUCAUACCACAAGACCAGCUGAGUUAGAGAUGUGUAAAAGUAACUUGAUGUCCAUGUAUCAGAUAUUAUUAAAAUGUAAGUUGUUUUAUGUAGGGUUUUUUUUUUCACUAAGUGCAAUGUGCUACAAAUUGCAAAACACAGCAGAAAUUUACUUCUGCAGUUAGUAAAAUUUUUUGGGCCUUGUGAUUGUUUGAGUUAAUGCAGUAGAUUUAAUUUAUUUUUAUAUUAAUUGCAUAACAUUCGUGCCUUUCAAAAAAGCCUGUGCCUAUUCAAUUUGUUACGUGCCUCACUUCCUUUUUCAAAGUUUGGCUCUUGAUCAAAAAAGCAUGGUGUUUGUAUUACACACACAGGUUUAUAAAAAUUAUUUUCACUGCAAUUUAUUUAGAAGGCAGGUUGGCAAAAACUGUAGUUUGUAUUAAAAUAAAUUUAAAACACUGAAUUACUUCCUCAAGGAAUAAUUGCAAUUAAAUGUGGCUUUAGUAAAGGGAGCUGCAUCUUGCAGGACUCAGAAACUCUUUUAUUAAGUAAUUUGAAUGUCACCAAAGAGGAGAAUCUGAAAAAUCAGUGAAGGUAGGAAAAACAAACUUCUAAAAGUAAACAGUGUUACUGUUUGCUUUGGCUAUAAGUCUUCAGACUUUGAGUGCUUUUGGGGAUGUGUGAUGUGAAUGUACACAUAGUACUUCAGGAGGCAUUUUAAAAGGAUAUUUUAUGGCUGCAGGAUGACAAAUCCUGUCAUAUGUUCAUUUUUUUUAUAGCUACGAUUUUAAUAUUUGUAUUGUAAUCUAAUCUGCUUGCUACAGCCUAAGCACAGGGAUGUGACACAUCAGUAACAAUUUUUUAAAGCAAGUCAGUAAUUUAGAAAAUUUUCUAUGUAUUUGUAUUACCAAGUUGGUUUUUUUUGUAAUGUUGAAAUCAUAAGCAUUGGGGCAAAAUAGUUCAAUAACCUGCAUGUGGCAAUUUCAAGUGAACAUUUAGCGUACCAUCUAUCUAUUUCAAAUUCUCUAUUAAAACAGAAAAACAUGCUUGAGUUAAUUCAUGCAAAGCCAGUAAUGAAUUGGACUGCUGAAGCUUUACAUGAAAUUAUGCCUUUGUAGAAGCUGCAUAAAUCGUCAUGUACGCUUAACACUUUUGCCAGAGAGAUUUUCAUUUUUAGUACUAAGAACAUAUUGUACUGUAGAUUUGAUUGGAAGAGUGUAUUUGGCUCCUAUAUUUUGCUAAUCUUAUUGACGGUAAAUUUACAACUCAUAAAAUGUUAGUCUUUUUAUUGGAAUUUUAAUUGUAACCUGCUUUACAAUCAAACUGAUUAACACAACAAUAUUUUAUUAAUGGAAACCCAAACCUAUUAUUGCCAUUUUUAAUCAAGUAUUACAUUAAUUUCUAAGUCAAAUGAAGUAGUUAAUGUUUCAGCACUUUUAAACUAGCCUUCAUUCAGGUGUUUUUCACACAUUUGCAUUGGGUGCAGGUUACAAUUUUGAAGCCAUACAAGUUUAUAUAGACAUUUUGUAAAGAAACUCAAAAACAAUGUAAUAAGUACAUGUAGUUAUCUGAUUUUGAAUAAAAAAAGUAUGUAGCAAGCUGGUUCUUGCUUGUGUAUACAGCAAUAUCACUCGUAGCUGCCUCCUAAGAAAAUUAAUUUGUAAACACAACUCUAAAGGAUCUGAAUUUGUAUGAAUUGUUACUAUGCUAGACUGUAAAUUAGAGCAUACAAGUUUAUCUUUCAAAAAUUGUAAAUAAUCUGAAUUUUCAUAAAAUGUAAAUUUCAAAAAUUUGCACCCAUAAUAAACAUGUAAUAUAUAAUUUAAAUGCUGAUUUAUAUUGCCUGUACUUUUGCAGUUGAGUUCCAAAGUUCUUCUAAGCAAUAAGGUAACAGAGCGAAACCAUGCCUGUAUUGAGCAUUUGAAAAGAUUGAUUUUUAAGUGAUAAAGGAUAGUGAUCAUUAUGAACUCUUUCGUGUAUUUAAAAUCAUCACAGAGAAGGUGGAUAGAAAGAUGAUUUCUCCAAAACCUUUCAUCUUUACUAAACUGAGGUGUCCGUAGUGCCCUAUGUCUUUACUGAAUUGAUUUGCUUCACUAAUAAAUUAGAUUAGGCAAAACUGUGGAUAUAUUUGAGAAAAAUCUUGACUUGUAGAUAUGCUGUCUGUAGUGCUAUCAAAUUCUGUACAUUACGUCUUCGUUAAUAAGCCUGUAUCUUGUUUUGUGUGCAGAAGAAUUAAUGACAAGAUUAAAGUAAUUCUUUCUAAUUUCUAAUGUUCCACCAGUCAAAAAGAGUAGACAAUUUAGUACUUCUUCAGCAGUUUGUAUCGUUCAGUCCUUCUAAGCUUUGAGCACGGAAUAGAAGUUGAAACUGAACAAAUGUUUUUGAAUCUGUUUCCUACUAAUCCCAAGACCUGUAGAAGUUUAGUAAGUAAUGACUUAUUAAAUUCACUUUCUCAACUGGUUGGAUAUGGCUGCAAUAGAGGUACCAUUCUUGUCAUGCAGGAAAGCAGUAGUCCAAGGGCUUUAUUCUUAUCUUCUCCUGGCAGGCAGGAAUGAAGAACACAAGUGCUUAGUGUUCAGACUGAAUGGUCAAUCUAACACAGUAGUCUGGUCUUCAACACUGGCCAAAGAACAGGCCUUGGAGCUAAAGUGUCAUUUGCUUCCUGCUCCCCCAGCAUCUCCUUUAUUGGUUAGGGAUUUAAAAAGGAGCUGCUCAGUUCUUCUAGUAUUCAUUGAACUUAAAGUGUAAUAUACCUGACAGAGGCUGCUCUGGCAUGUCUGUUAACUCUUGACUUGUACCCACGUACUGCUCACAACUGCUGCAAACUGGAUCAUUACUGUCCAAGCAGGUUUGUGAUUAUCUAAGUAUACAAUCAGGUAGUUUUUCAGGGAAACCUAUCUCUACUGCUGCCAAAUAACAUUUAU